CUCCUCCUCAUCAUCAUCAUCUUCUUUAAACAACUCCAAGGAGGGAAAGAAGAAGAAGACGAAUACAGUAUUUUGACUUUUUAAAAAAAGGAUAAGAGUGGUGUGUCUUUGUUGUGAGAUAUGGCGGUUGAGCUUAUGAUGAAUAGCUACGCUAGAGUCAAAGGAGAAGAAGACGGUAGCUUUUCUACAAAUAUGGAAGACACUGCCUUGAGAGAAGCAGCGUCUGCUGGGAUUCACGGCGUUAAAGAGUUUCUUAAACUGAUUAAUCAAAAAAGUCAACCCACGGAGGAGAACAAGACUGAGAUAACGGCGGUGACUGACGUCGCCGUCAACAGUUUCAAGAAGGUGAUAUCUCUUCUCGGCAGAUCUAGAACCGGUCACGCUAGAUUCAGACGAGGUCCCACCACGACGAAAACUGAAGAAGGUCGAGAGAAGAAACCAGCAACGACAAUAACAACAAACACUGUCGUGUUGAACAGACAGAAAACAGAGCAGAACGUUGGAUCUGCGUUUAAGGUUUAUUGUCCGACACCAAUCCAUAGACGUCCUCCUUUAUCACACAACCACUGUCUCACAACAAAGAACGGUUCGUGUUCUUCGGCUAACGGAAGACAACAACCACAAGAGCCAUCAUCAACGAUAAACUUCGCGCCGUCUCCACCUGUCUCAGCGACGAACUCGUUCAUGUCUUCUCAUAGAUGUGACACAGAGACUAGUAACCAGAUGUCAUCAGGAUUCGAGUUCACUAACCCUUCCUCUCAAAUCUCGGGUUCGAUUGGUAAGCCUCCUUUAUCAUCAGUUUCGUUGAAGAGAAGGUGUAACUCAUCUCCCUCAAGUCGUUGCCAUUGUACCAAGAAAAGGAAAUCUAGAGUAAAGAGAGUGAUUAGGGUUCCUGCCGUAAGCAGCAAGAUGGCUGAUAUUCCAGCAGAUGAGUAUUCAUGGAGAAAAUAUGGUCAAAAACCAAUCAAAGGCUCUCCUCAUCCUCGGGGAUAUUACAAAUGCAGCAGUUUAAGAGGUUGUCCGGCGCGUAAGCACGUGGAGCGUGCACUCGACGAUGCGAUGAUGCUUAUCGUGACUUACGAAGGAGACCACAACCAUGCUUUGGUCCUCGAGACGCAUCAUGACAAACCUCUUUAA